AUUGUAUUAUUAUUUUAUAUCCUUGUUUGUUAUCGAACGUGUCAUUUACAUUUCUCAUUAUUUUCGUGCUGAUUGGAUGGAAUGUUACGGUUUAAAGACACGCAAGGAUUCUUCAAGAGAAAUGAAUGUCCUAAUUUCGUGCAAGAACUUCUCAGGAUUAGUUAAGAUUAAUAAAUAUCUCAAAAGGUUCGCAAUUAAGUUGAUAUCCCCGCUAUGCGCCACACAUCAAAAUUCUUUGCGGAACUUUCAGUUUGUUGUUGUCUCUUUUCCUCUAUGACGUACAAUUAAAUUUCUGUUAACUACUCUUUUUGUAUUACACGUAUGUAAUAACGACAAUCUAGAACGCUAUGCAUAUUUUAAUCAUUUUUGAAACUUGUCACUUGUUUAGUUACAAUUUUUGUGACCGCAAAAAAUAUACACACGCGUAUCUAGAUGUCGAUGAACACGUCUCCAAGGUAAUUAAAAACAAAACAAUUUUGUUAAGUUACUUAAGUAAGUAAUUGUGCUAAUUAAGUAAGGAAGUUUGUAAGUUUAAUUUGGCGAACGAUUAUUAUUUAUAAUCAAUAACGAUAAGUAAAAAUGCGUGAAUGUAUAUCUAUACAUUGCGGUCAGGCGGGAGUUCAAAUGGGAAAUGCCUGUUGGGAAUUAUAUUGCCUGGAGCAUUGCAUCCAUCCCGAUGGACGAAUGCCCGAAUCGAAAGAAUCAAGAGUCCUCGAUGACAGUUUUACUACCUUCUUUAACGAAACUAGCAGCGGAAAACAUGUCCCGAGAGCCGUGUUUGUGGAUCUGGAACCCACAGUCGUGGACGAAGUCAGAACUGGGACUUACCGUCAACUGUUCCAUCCAGAGCAAUUGAUAAGCGGAAAGGAAGACGCGGCAAAUAAUUACGCUCGCGGACACUACACCGUUGGGAAAGAGAUCAUGGAUUUGGUGCUGGAUCGAUGUAGAAAAUUAGCCGAUCAAUGCACUGUUCUUCAAGGGUUCCUGCUUUUCCAUUCGUUUGGGGGAGGCACAGGAUCAGGAUUUACUUCUCUCUUAAUGGAAAGAUUGUCAGUGGAUUAUGGAAAGAAAUCCAAACUGGAGUUCGCCAUUUAUCCGGCCCCACAAAUAUCAACAGCUGUGGUUGAACCCUACAAUUCAGUACUGGCAACACACACAACCCUCGAACAUUCCGAUUGUGCGUUUAUGCUGGACAACGAGGCCAUCUACGAUAUUUGCAGAAGAAAUUUGGACAUUGAAAGACCCACGUAUACAAAUCUAAACCGACUGAUAGGACAAAUAGUGUCUUCCAUAACUGCAUCGUUGCGUUUUGAUGGAGCCCUAAACGUCGACCUAACAGAAUUCCAAACAAACUUGGUACCAUAUCCACGAAUCCAUUUCCCAUUAGCCACGUAUGCUCCUAUUGUAUCAGCAGAAAAAGCGUAUCAUGAAACACUGUCAGUGGCUGAAAUCACCAACGCAUGUUUUGAACCGGCCAAUCAAAUGGUAAAAUGCGAUCCGCGUCAUGGGAAAUACAUGGCAUGUUGCAUGCUUUACAGAGGAGACGUUGUCCCAAAAGAUGUCAACGUGGCAAUUGGGGCCAUCAAGUGCAAACGCACAAUUCAAUUCGUGGACUGGUGUCCUACGGGAUUUAAAGUCGGGAUCAACUAUCAACCGCCCACUGUAGUGCCUGGGGGCGAUUUGGCAAAAGUCCAGAGAGCAGUUUGCAUGCUGGCCAAUACCACAGCCAUUGCCGAAGCUUGGGCUCGUCUAGAUCACAAGUUCGACUUGAUGUAUGCGAAAAGGGCGUUCGUCCAUUGGUAUGUCGGCGAGGGGAUGGAGGAGGGAGAGUUUUCGGAAGCUCGCGAAGACUUGGCAGCUUUGGAAAAGGAUUUUGAAGAAGUUGGAUUGGAUUCAGGAGAUGGCGAAGAUCGAGGCGAAGAAGAAUGAACGAAAUAAUAGUGAACGUUUCUUUAGGCGAUUGCAUAUCAAUGAUUGCUUUUGUACAUUAGCGUGUAAGAUACUGAAUUGCUUAUUUGAUUAAUUAAAUAAAGUGCAUACUGAUUCGUAUUAUUAUUACUGACG